AUGGCUUCCAUGAGCGAAUAUGACAUGAACCACUCGCCCGAGACUCUAGCGCCUCUACCAGCAGUUUUGCGGCACGGUCUCGCGGCGGUGGGCACUUUCGGCGUCCUAUCUUUCAUUUCGAGCACAGCCCUUACCGCUUUCCUCGCCUAUAAGCUUAUUAUGUGGCAGAUGCCUCGCGAAGAGUCCAAGGAUACUGUCUCAGAACGCCCCGAAUCCCCGCCAGCAUUCGACCAUAACGGUUUCCUCGUUCCUCACCGACCGCUUAGUCCUCUAAAGGAGGAAGAUGGACCGCCAGAGAAGGACACUUUUGGACCAAGCUCCAAAAGGAGCCGCCGAACCAAUUCCUCAUCCUAG